AUGACCGUUGCAAAGGUCAAGGCAAUAUUAGAGCUUAAGGUAGGUAAAGAGUGUCAUAUUUAUCUAUUCUAUUUAUCUACUACUACUACUACUACUAUAGACAAUCAUUUAAACAAGAAAGGAAAGGAAAGGAAAGAAGAGAUGAAAUCAUUGUUUACUAGAAAGUCGAAAAAGGAUGGAAAGGGAGGACAAGAUUCUGCAGGAGGUGGCAACGAUGCAUCAGAGAAUGAUUUCUUACAAUCGUUGCCUGCCAAGGCGUCCAAGCGUUAUUCCAUGGCAUACAGUAGUUUCUCUCCUCAAGGUGGUAACUCAUCAUCAUCUACAUCAUACAAGAGUAAUAUACAACAACAUGAUUCUUCUCAUAUGAAUGGUAAUUCUUCUGUUAAAUUGGUUGAUGAUGUAUGUAUACAAAAGAUAUAA